CAACUCCCCGCCUGCCCCGCCCUGGGGCAACAUUCAUUUUGGGGAAAAGUCCCCCUUAAUGCUGAAAUAUCCAGUUCCCUUCUUUUCUCUAGCUCGCCAAUUGGGCUCUCCGGAGAGGCCACUCGUUUGGGAAGGCGCGGUCUGGGUCGGUGCACCGCGCACCAAACCCUGCCAGAGAACUCAGAGAGGCGGCCAGGGAGCUGGGUGCUUCGGGAGAAAGGCGCCAGCCGCCGGGUCACCUCCCGAGGAAGGAAGGGGCGGGAGCGCCAGUGGGGAGGGCGGAGCCUGAAAACCUCCGCGCCUUCGCUGCGGGCUUUACAAAGGCCCCGGGCGCGCGAAAGGACGUGCUCUGCCAGCCAGUGGGAGGGGAGGCCGCGCGCGCAGGAGGAUCGGCGGCUCGCGGUCCGUGGUCCGUGGUCCCUGGCUCGGUUCCCCGCAUCCCGGGGCUCACACCUGUCCGCGCGGAGGAGCAGCGGCCGGGCGCCCUCCCCCCAGCCUGCGCCAGUCUCCUCGAUUCCCCUCGCUCUGAGCCAGGCGAGCCGAACAACUCAGGAGAGUUCACGCACUCCCCAGCCCCAGGUGGGCCUUGUGCACAUCAUGAGCAAUUUUGAAGACGCUGACACAGAAGAGACAGUAACUUGUCUCCAGAUGACGGUUUACCAUCCUGGCCAGUUGCAAUGUGGAAUAUUUCAGUCAAUAAGGUUUUUUAACAGAGAGAAACUCCCUUCCAGCGAAGUAGUGAAAUUUGGCCGAAAUUCCAACAUCUGUCGUUAUACUUUUCAGGACAAACAGGUUUCCCGAGUUCAGUUUUCUCUGCAGCUGUUUAAAAAAUUCAACAGCUCAGUUCUCUCCUUUGAAAUAAAAAAUAUGAGUAAAAAGACCAAUCUGAUCGUGGACAGUAGAGAGCUGGGCUACCUAAAUAAAAUGGACCUGCCGUACAGGUGCAUGGUCAGAUUCGGAGAGUAUCAGUUUCUGCUGGAGAAGGAAGAUGGCGAGUCAUUGGAAUUUUUUGAGACUCAAUUUAUUUUAUCUCCAAGAUCACUCUUGGAAGAAAACAACUGGCCACCGCACAGGCCCAUACCUGAGUAUGGCACUUAUUCGCUCUGCUCCUCCCAAAGCAGUUCUCCGACAGAAAUGGAUGAAAAUGAGUCAUGAACACAAAGUCUAAGAGGAGAAAUAUGAAGGAUGAAAAGCUCUGUCGAUGCUGUAUAGACACUACUUAUUAAGAGCUUAUUAGGGUAGUAUAUUAUAGUCAUCUGUUAUGCUGUGAAAUUUGGAAUUCAGUGUUAUCAUUUUGAAGUCUGUAAAUUGUGUUAGUCAUUAACUUAGUCACCUGUUAUAUUCCUGGAUCUACACAAAAUUAUUUUAAGUGCUCAUCUGUGAGGAUUAAUAUACAAAAAAGUAUCCUUUGAGAUGAAGUAGUGUUCCCAAAAUAAGGUUAUAUUAUUUUCUUCUGCUGCUUGAUUUUCAUCUUGUGUUUUGCUUUGUUUUUGUAAGGAACCAUCUCUUGGUUUGGUCACAUCAUUUCACAGCAGCCAUUUGUUUUUAAGGUCAAGGCUCCAGACAGGUUGUUACUGGUGUUUGCAGCGUGUCAGUACUUGCAGUACUGGAAUAUGUUCUAGGCUAGUGUCUGUGCGUCACUGUGGUUUUAGUAUGGAAGGACUUACUUGAGAAAUACUACCUUGCUUUCCUCUGAUUUCUUUUUGCAGAAUUAUAGUGUGUUUACUCCUAAGAUGACAGUUCUCUUUGUCUAUAUUCAGCAUCUAAGACAAAUAUUUAAACAUUUUAAAGAACCACUGUGUUAAGUUUAGGAUUAUUUACUUACCAAAUUAGAAGUUUGACUUUUAUAUGUUAUAUACAAUUUUAAAAUUUCACGAAUUCACCUUUUUAAUAGUAUCCAUGUACAUAAUAAAGUCAAAGUUUAAUUAAUCAUUUUCUUUGAAUUUUUUUCUAAAUAAGGGAAAAAACUGUUCUUGGGCCACUUUACAUAGAUAAAUAUAUGUGAAUGUUUGUAAUUAACGCUUAAAUAUUCCUAGUGUUAACUUCAAAAAAGUCUUUUUCAGUUCUUAAAUAACAUUUUUUAAUUUAAGAUACUUAUUCAACUUAUCUUAACUAAGGUAGCUAGUGAAUGUUAAGUAGAUGAGGUAACCGUUCAGUUAAGUUAAAUUGUAGCAUUGCCAGGGAGUGAGGCUCGCUGUACAAUUUUCCAGAUAAAUGAAAUUUCCUGUAGUGAGAGGUCCAUGUUUUUGUAACAGCCUUUUAAAAAUGCUUUUGUGAACCCUCCAGCCUCUUACCAAAAGAGGCUUUAAACCUCAUCUUGAUUCAGAUCAUCAGUCUAUUCCUGGGCAAUAGUAUGUGAUGUCCAGCACCCUAACCCCGACUCCCCAGCCCUGGGACUAUUCCAGUAGAGUGAAAUAUUUGUCCUGUACAAAGUGGCCUGAAUGACUGUUUGAGUUCGUGUGUCUAGUUUUCCUCCUUAUUCCCUGUGAUGCCCAGAGUAAUGGCCCAUCCAAAGAUGUCCAGAUGUUCAUGUGCUAGUCUCCAGAACUUGUAACUGUGCUGUUACAUGGCAAAGGGGAAUGAAGGCUGCAGAUGGAAUUAAAAUAGAUUAUGCUGGAUUAUCUGGGUGUGCCCAAUUGAUCACCAGAUCCUUAAGAGUGGAAGAGAGGCAGAUCAGGAUGUCAGAGUGAUGAGGUGUGAGACGGACUUGACCUGCUGUCGCUGGAAAGAAGGAGGUCAUGAGCCAAGGAAUGUGGACAGUCUCUUGAAGCUGGAAAGUGUGCAUUGGACAUCUGGAAGCCGGAAAAGACAAAGAUCCAGAAAGGAACAAAGUCUUGUGGACACCCUGAUUUUGGUCCAGUGAGAUAUAUUUGACUUGUUAACCUACAAAACUUUAUGAUGAUAAAUUUGUGUUGGUUGUAAGCCACGAAAUCACAAUAAUUUGUUAUAGCAGCAGAUAGAAAACCAAUAUACUCCUCUUAAUAU